AUGAGGACAUUAGCAAAAUACAUAUAUAGCAUAAAGGCUAUCUUAGGAUGUAAAGUCGAAGUGCAGCCAAUCAAAACAUCAAAAUUAGUACCACAGUGCAAAAGGUGUCAAGCAUAUGGCCACACGCCCAAAUAUUGUUCCAAGGAACCACGAUGCGUCAAGUGUACAGGAAAAUACCUCACUCCAGACUGCAAAAAACCAGCAGAAGAAAAAUCAAAAUGUGUACAUUGUGGAGAAGCACAUCCAGCUAAUUACAGAGGAUGUAUAGUAGCUAAGGAAAUGCAAAAGUUAAAAAAUAAAAGCAUUAAAAAACCAUUAGCGAAUAAUCUGGAACAAGUGGCACCGAAACGCCCAUCAACACAAGAUAUGAGAGAGAAAACCUAUGCACAAGUCACUGCUAAAACACACUACUCAAAAAGUGACAAUAGCAUAAACCAACCGCAUAGCAAUCUGGAUGUAAAGUUGGAUGAAAUAUUUAAAUUAAUGUCAUCUUUUGAUGGCAGGUUACAAAGGCGGGAAAUUGGAACCAAACAGUCCUUCACUAAAAAAUCCGAUAAAAAAUGA